ACACGUACGAAUAGAGUGAAGUGAAGUGGAGUGAAAUGACAUUUCGUCGGUGUGCGAGAAACCCAUUUAACUAUCGCACACAAUGCGAAAGAGAAAGAGCGAAGCAACGUAAGCGAAGUUCACAUCAGGCACUCACAUAUUACCAUACAACAGUUCUUCUGUCGCGUCUGAGCUAUUGAGUUGUCAUAUCUCUACAAUGGCUGCCACCGGUUUGACGUGUAGUAUUUCUUUAAGAACAUUUUAUGUGCUAUUUAUUUCAAUUUUUUUAAUAAAAUCAUUAAGUGGUGAUGGCCUAGCAGUGCACCGACGAUUUGAAUAUAAAUAUUCCUUCAAACCACCAUAUUUAGCGCAAAAAGAUGGAACUGUGCCGUUCUGGGAGUACGGUGGCAAUUGUAUUGCUAGUUCGGAUAGUGUAAGAUUAGCACCAUCGUUAAAGAGUCAAAAAGGUGCAAUAUGGACUAAAAAACAAACCGAUUUCGAUUGGUGGGAGAUUGAAGUAGCGUUCAGAAUAUCCGGACGUGGUCGAAUUGGUGCUGAUGGAUUGGCUAUUUGGUAUACAACGCAAAAGGGAGACUACAAUGGAGACGUAUUCGGUUCGUCUGAUAAGUGGACCGGUCUCGGUGUGUUCUUCGAUUCAUUCGACAAUGACAAUAAACACAAUAAUCCUUACAUAAUGGCUGUAUUGAACGAUGGAACCAAACUAUUUGACCAUCAAAACGAUGGAACAACACAAUUGUUGUCCGGUUGUUUGCGUGACUUCCGUAAUAAGCCAUUCCCAACGCGUGCCAAAAUCGAAUACUAUGCAAAUACAUUGACUGUUAUGUUCCACAAUGGCAUGUCGCAAAAUCAAGAUGAAUACGAACUGUGUUUGCGCGCUGAGAAUGUGCAUUUGCCGCAACAUGGGUACUUUGGUAUUUCGGCCGCAACUGGUGGUCUGGCCGACGAUCACGAUGCCUUCCAUUUUUUGACCACAUCACUGCAUCAAGCGGGUGAUUUGGGCGAAGUGCAUAAACUUCCCGAAGAAGCAGCCAAACUUACUCAGGAAUAUCAAGACUAUCAACGUAAAUUGGAAUUACAGAAAGAGGAAUAUCGCAAAGAGCAUCCAGAUCUCAAGAAACCGGAUGAAUUUGAGGAUUGGUUUGAGACUGACAAUCAACGUGAAUGGAGACAAUUAUGGACCUCACAUACUGCAUUGACACAUGAAAUUAGGGAGUUGGGACGUAAAAUGGAUGAAAUGAUUGGACGGCAAGAGCGAACCAUGGGUUUGUUGUCAAUCAAUGCACAACAACAGCAACAGCAACAACAACCGGGAGCCGCACAGAUUCAACAUCAUCAACAACAGCCACCACCUCAAGGCGGUCAAGGUUAUGUUGAUACCAUUCGCAGACACGAAGUUGAAGCUAUCAUUCAGAAUCAGAACCAUUUCGUUGCUACCUUACGCGAAAUGAAGAAUUCACUGAAUGAUUUACAGGCGCGCUCCGAUAACAUUCUUCAAAAUCAAGCCCGCCAGCCAACGGCACAAGUGCAAUCAGCCGGCUACGAUGUGCAAUCGAUGAUCGGUGAAAUGAGAGACGGUUUGAAUCAAAUCAAACAGGGCAUAACCAACGUUCAUUCAAAGGUUUCAACGCCACAAGCACAAAUUGGAUGCCCCAAUGUGACCUGCUUGAGUCUCACAUCCUUCCUCGUUGCCACCGCUAUUCAACUUGGUAUCAUGCUGGCGUAUUCACUGUACAAAGAAAAUCGCAACGCACAAGCUAAGAAGUUUUAUUAACGCGAAUUCUGUUCAAUUGAAAAGUUUAUAAAAAAAUUUUUUAAGAACCACUGUAGAGAAAAAAGUCAGUGAUCAGCUCUAGAGAGCGAUCGAGUUCAAUGGAACAAAUAAAAAGAAACGACUACAGCAGAAAAUGAAAGCAGUAAAAACAUUCCUCUACAUUUGAAAAAAAAAACAUUUAGUAAUUGUGUAUAUUAAGUAUGAAAUCGUGUCGUGUAGUACACUUUUGUUAUUGUUUCUUCCCGUUAUUAAACUCGACCACUGAAUGAAUGAAUGAAAGAAAGAAAAAAACAGAAAAUAAUAAACAAAAGUCUUUCGGAGAAAAUAUAAUUUAUUUUUGUUGCAAAAUCAUUGCUCUGGUUGGCCGCCGGCUAGGCCAAGAGACUGCAAUAAUCUUGCAGCUUUUUUCAGCCAGAUCUGCAGCCGCGAGAAGGUCAUAUGGCAAACACUGCGCCAUUUCGAUCACAACGGCCAAUUGUACUGGUGUAAAAACCACAUUUGCUGCAGCUCCUACUGGCACCGCUGCCACAUUUUGGCGAAUUGCUCCACGAUUUGCGUUACGAGAGAAAAAAUGCUUCUAAUGAAAUUUGUUUCUUCCAAUUCAAUGAUUCAUUCACACUUAAACAUGCUCAUAAGAAACGAUUUAAAUUAUUUAAAAAUAAUGUGGUCAUUUUCGACAAGAAAAAAAAACAGGAAAAGUAAAAAAAAUUCUUUUCUCUUCGUAAUCACAGCUGAUUAGGAAUUUUCCUCCGUUUUUCGUUCGUAUUUGUAUGAAUUAAUUUAAGAAUUGCGUCUUAGAAGACGUAUUUUUCUUUUGAGACUCUCUUCAAAACAGAAACCUCAUAGGAAAUAGUUACUCGUUUUUAAAUUAUUAAUUGUGAGUUGAUAACGUCAGAAGAAAAAGAUAAAAAGAAAACUAAAAUAAUUUAUAUUUCGUAUUUGUUUCUGUGAACGAACGUCAACUAAGAAAAACCAUCAAUUUUUCGUGUGACGAACGAUGUAUUUUUGUUCGGAUAUGGAGUUAAGUCCAUCAAUAAUAUAUAGUAUAACAAAUGUAAUAAAAUUGAAAAGUACUUAGGCAAAUUCAGCGAAUUUCAUUUGUACGAAAAGACAAACGAAAAA